CACAGACCUGACUUUCAGGAUUUCAUUUCCUGAAGCAGAGCUCACAACAGGCAGCAGGGAGAGAAUGGAAAAGGCAGCAUGAAACUGAAAAGUGCCGUUCCUCAGGCAAUGAAGAGACAAAAAAGAAGACAGCACUCAUAAAAAACCCAGGAACCAUCAAGUUCUAGUGUUUCAUUAUCUAAUAAGAUGGAAAAAGAGGUCCAAGAUCUCACUGUUGUGCUGUUUGGAAACAGCUCUGCAGUUGGAGAUGAGAACAUUCUGCUUGGGCAACCCACUGCAGAUGUUGCUGAUUUCUCAGUGAUUGUUCCAAAAUCAAAGAAGAUAUCAGGACGCAUUGUCAAUCUAAUUAACAUACUUGACCUGCAAGACAAUGCACUUCACGUGGAUCGGGCCAUUGUUCGUCUAGUCCAGGAAAAUAAAAUCCAUGCCUUUGUCUUUGUUCUCCAACUGGGCCACUUAACAGAUGCUGAUAAGGUGGGACUAGAAUGGCUACAGAAAAAGUUUGGUGAAAGUGUGCUUCGAUUUGUGAUGAUUCUCUUCACUUAUGAAAAACUAGAAGACUGUGACACCAUCAUAGACGACCUGAAAAAAAAUCCUGUUCUAGUACAUCUAGUUGAGAAGUGUGGAGACAGAUACCACACCUGCAGCAAGAAUAUGAACAACCAAUCAGAGAUGAAAACACUGCUGGAGAAGAUUGACUACCUGAUUUCUGAGAACAAUCAGCGCUGCUACACUGCAGAACUGUACAACACAGCUUCAAACCUCAGAGAAGACAGAUUGAGCCAACAAAGCCGGUUACCAGCCUCUGAUUCUCAACUUCCAAAGUAUAAGACAGCUGGUACAGUCAGCAAACAAAUAACAGAAAAAGAAAAGGUAUCAAAAAAUCCUUUAAGAAAGACAUUCAAGUCAUUGCCACACACGACCUGGUUCUGGAAAAAAGAGCGAAAUCUUUCGCGGGAAAACAUAGAGCUUGAUGGAGCAGAACAUACUCAACAUAACAAUGAAGAAAAAGCAGUGGGAAAAAUAACAUCGGAAAAAACAGACCAGCUGUUUACAAGACUUGAGUUAAAAAGAAAUGAGAAACAAAGAAUAAAAUCAGCAGACAUUCUUCAAAUAACUUCGCCACCAUUACACUGCCAAAAGCCCUGUACAGAAAAAGAACUGGUUCAAAUGUUCAUAAAAAGAUUGCUGUUGAUGGACCACAGGGCAAGAAAUAUUUCCAUUACAGAUGGAGCCAGUGAGGUGCAUCACAGGCAAUCAACUCCAGCAAACAAAUGUGGGGAGAAGAAACUUGCAAAUUUCUUGAAAAAAAAUCCAUCUCUUAAUAAAGCAACCAGUAAAAAUUCUGUUCACCCCAUGGAUGUUCAAAUGGCUGUGUUCCACCACUCAGACAGUUUUCUUAAACAGCUGAUAGUGACUAAGCUGUCGCAGUGUCAGUACGCUCUGCCUCUACUGGUGCCCAAUCCCUUUACAGGAGAGAUUGAGUUUCCUCUAUGGACAUUCCGUCAGAUCAAAAAGAGCUGGAUGACGUGUAACACUACUGGUAAGAAGACCAGCAAAAUGAUACCAAUGCAUGAAGCUGAAACUCCAAUGGUAUUCUUCUUUAGACUUGGUUCCAUAUCCUCGUCCAAGUCUCAGCUGAUAAAUGACCUGAUCAAUGAAAGGCACAAAACAUUCUUUCACAGAAACUGCUUAGGAAGCACCAGAGACCGUCUCCUGAUGGAUGGUGUGGUGGAGAUCGCCUGGUACUGCCCAUCUGGGAAAAGCACUGAUCAAUUUACUGACUGUGUGGCUUUCUGUAAUCUACAUGGUGAUGCAGAAAAUCACAAGAAACAGCUAGAGAUUCUGACUGAAAUGUCUUCCAUGAAUGUAGUAGUUUUAGGCAAUCAAGAUGAUAGUACCACCGAUAAUGAAGCACUAGAAAAUCUCUUUGAAGGUGCAAAGCCACUAAUUUGCUUACUCAGUGAUGAUGACUCAACCGUCAGUUGGACUGAGAACUUAAAAUGUAAAAUUGGUCUUAAAGACAGGAAUCAGGCAGUUGUAUCCAAGGAGCUCAGAGAGACCAUCAAAGAGUGUUUUUCAACAUCACUCUCUACUUUCAGUCUUAAAAAAUUGGGCAAAAACAAAGAUAUCUCAAUAGAUGAAAAUAAAGAAGAAUGCCAGAAAGGGAAGGAAGCUGCUAUGCAGAUAAUGCUACUACUGGAAAGAACAGAACUGACUACAGUUAAGGAGACAUAUCUUCCCUGUCAGGGGAAACUGUGGCAUAAAUGGUGCCAGAAAAAAAAGGAACUACACCGACUUAAAGGGCACAACAUACAGAUACAAAAGAGUGAAAAACAAGCUGAAAUGAAGGAGAUUCGCAGGCAACAACAUGAACAUGAACUCUCAGAACUUAUUGAGCUGUUCAUUCGCACAAUGAAUUCACUAACAGAAAAUGAGAAGUGCUAUUUUCUAAAAUGGCUUGGGAUCCUGCUGGAUAACAGUACCACAGAUGAACUCUCUGGCUUCCGUCAAGCAUAUGAUCUGACCUGGUCAAAAGUUCUGGACCUAAAAGGACAAGCAGACAAAUCAGAAGAAAUGAAGGCUGCCCAAACACAACUUGAAGAAAUAUCACAAAAACUGAGCGCUGCGUCCUUCGGUAUGGAACACAUUCUCAGGGAGAUGGGUCAGAUAUAUGAGUCAUUAAGCAGUGUUCAAGUAGCAAAGAAAGAUUUCACUCUCCCCAAAAUUGCAGCUGAGGUGAUGCUAUCUGGGCAUCCACUGGAGCUGAUGGAUGGUGACACAGGUCAUGUUCCCCUGGACUGGGUUUCUGCGGUUCUAGAUGAACUCAUCAAGAAAUUAGGUGACAAGAGGGUUUUUGUCUUGUCAGUUUUAGGAAUUCAGAGCUCUGGGAAAUCCACUAUGCUCAAUGCCAUGUUUGGACUCCAGUUUGCAGUCAGUGCAGGAAGGUGCACCAAAGGAGCCUUCAUGCAGCUGGUCAAAGUGUCUGAGGAGAUGAAGGAAGAACUGAAGUUUGAUUAUAUUGUUGUUGUUGAUACUGAAGGUUUACGGGCUCCAGAGUUGACUGGAAUGUCAACAAGACAACAGGACAAUGGACUUGCAACAUUUGUUGUAGGUCUUGGAAACAUGACUUUGAUCAAUAUUUUUGGAGAGAACCCAGCAGAGAUGCAGGACAUCCUUCAGAUUGUUGUUCAGGCCUUCAUGAGGAUGAAGAAGGUCAGACUGAAUCCCAGCUGCAUGUUUGUGCAUCAGAAUGUUGGAGAAAUCACAGCUGGAGAGAGAAACAUGGAAGGACGGAAACGCUUCCUGGACAAACUUGAUGAAAUGACAAAAUUAGCUGCUAAAGAGGAAGACUGCAACGCAAAAUGUUUCAGUGAUGUCAUUGAAUUUGAUGUGAAGAGUGAUGUGUGGUACUUCACACAGCUCUGGGAGGGUAGCCCACCCAUGGCACCACCAAACCCUCUGUACUCUGAAAAUAUUCAGGAGCUAAAAAGCAACAUCAUCUUGAAAAUCUCCAAGAAACGUGGUGUGACGUUGUCAGAAUUCAAAGGAAAUUUCAGCAGUUUAUGGAAUGCACUUCUGGAUGAAAAUUUUGUGUUUAGCUUCAGAAACAUAUUGGAAAUUGCACUCUACAGGAAACUGGAGCAUGAGUACAGUAAAUGGACAUGGAGUCUAAGGAGUGCCAUGCUGGCAAUUGAGAACAGACUCCACAACAGAGUCAGUAAUGAAAAUUCCCUAAAGAUUGAUGAAAAGGACAUUGUGGAAUGCAUGAAAGAGACAAAGACAGUUGUAGAAACAUCAAUUAAAAAGUUCUUUAAUGAAGACCGAGAUAAAGAAAUACUGAUCCAAUGGCAAGAAAGAUUUCAGAGAAAAAUUGUAGAUCUUUGCAAUGAGCUUGUAGAAGGAACAAAGAGAAAGUUGGACGAUAUUAUUCGAUUGAAAAUAACAAGGGAGAAAGUAGACUGUGAAAAGAAAAUGUAUGAAAAUGAGCUUUUUAAACUGAGUAAAGACCUCGCCUUUUGUUUGAAAAACAAAGAAACUGAGGAAGAUGCCCUUGAGAAAGAAUUUGAAGAUGUCUGGUCCAAGUGGGUCACUGAGCUGACACCAGGCACACCCUCAUUUGGUGACAUUAAUAUAUGGGGUGAUGUAACACAGAUCUUGUCAGAAAGCUGUGAAAUAAACCUCGUUUGUGAGCGACAGAACCAGGGUACUUACAAAAGAAUUGAUGCAUUAGGAGAUUACUCAGACUAUGUCAUUCUUAAAAAACAAGAAGACUUUGGCCAGGAAAAUCUGCCAUCAUCAAAUAAACAGGGAGAGGAAGAUGACAAUAAUGCUUGUGCAUUUGGUCAAGUACUCAAAGAUGAGGAACACAGUCUCUAUGAAGAGAACUGUAGAACCAAUACUUUUACAGCAGACGAUAACAAUUCAUUGACUGAUCUCAUUACAAACACUGUCACAGACAUUAAGGCAGAAAUUCAGAAGGUACCCAUUGCAGAACGUGGAUACAGUCGCAUCUACAUUGCAGAAAUAAUUGCCUCCGUCAAACAUAAAGUAGAAGCAUAUGAAUGCAGAACCUCUGGGUUUAUACUAAAAAAAGAAUUCACAGUGGAUUUGUGUCUCUAUGUCUGUAGCUUUGCAGCAAAACAAUUUGCAGAGCUACACAAGGAAUUCAAGGAAGCCUAUGAUGUAAGACUGUACCUGGAGAAACAGAGGCCACAGUACUUUAACAUCUUCAAGAACUACUGCAAUGGUGCAACGUCUACAGCUGUGUUUGGUCAGCUAAUUGUGGAUACACUUGAGCCAUCAAUACUGCAGGCAGCAUAUGACCAAACUGCCAUUGAUCUGAGUGAGAAAAUGAAACGUGAUGUUCCUGCAUUUAAUGGAAACAGGUCAAAUCUGGAAAAACACAUUCUGACAUCACUAGCAGAAGAGGAGUCAUUUGAGAAUUACAUUCAAUACAUUCAAAAACCCAGAGAAUAUUUUAAAUAUUUUAUUAAGAAGAUAGUCAAAGGCUACGUUUUGAAUGAAAACUGCCAAGUGGUUCUAGAAACCAUUAAAAGCAACAUCAUCUCCAAAGGAAAGUGUGUGGUGGAUGCUGUGAAUGAAGCGACAGAGAAGAUAAAAAGUAGUAAUGGAGACGUCAGCAUGUGGCUUCAGCAUUUAUCCAGAAAACUACAAGAUGAGCUUCAGUUUAAAGAAAAGUCAUGUAGUGAGCAGAAAGAAAUUACAGACCUUGACUUUCUUCGAGAGGUUGUGAUUAAAGGUCUAAAUAAUAUCAUUCCAAAGUUGAGCAACAGCUUUCAAGACAUUUCUGACCUCAAAUGGGAAAUGUUCAGGAAGAAACCAGACGAUAUUCUGAUUGAGCACCUCUGCCGAUGCUGCUGGGCACAGUGUCCAUUCUGUAAUGCCAUCUGCACCAACACAAUGGAAGAUCACACUGGAGAUCACAGUGUCCGUUUCCACCGUAACUGUGGAACAAAUGGAUGGUCUUACAUUUUAAAAAAUGAGCUUGGAAUUGAAUUCUGCACAACUCUUGUUUUAAGUGAUCUGCAUUUUCGUGCAAAUGAUAAAGUUUUAUACUUUAAAGACUACAGAACUGCAGGUGGAGAAUAUGCCAGAUGGAAUAUCAGCCCUGAUAAUUCUGAGAUGCCAUACUGGAAAUGGUUUGUGUGCAGAUUCCAGGAGGACUUGGAAAAGCAUUACAAGAAAAAAUUCAUAGGACAUGGAGAGAUUCCCAGUGAAUGGAGGGAUUGCUUUAAAGAUAAAGCUAUUGAAAGCUUAAGUGAAUUGUAGUAUAACUGAAAAUUCUUGAAAUGAGUUGAAUCCUGAAUGAACUCUGAGCCAGAUAAACUAAUUGCAUGUGUUCAUCUCAUCUGGACCUGUGCUGACAUAGCUCUAUAGUCAUAGUUGAGUUCUCAUAGUUGACAUCUCUCUCUCUCUCUCUCUCUCUCUCUCUCUCUCUCACUCACUAAUUAAAACAGCCCACAUUGUCAAUACAAAAGUAAAAAAAGACUAUUGUAUGAAUUCUUGUGGAAAGUGGAAAUAAUGAAUGAUUUUUUUUUCCUUUUGAUGGUUGUUUUGUAAGCAUAACUGACUUAUCCUGAAAUAUAAUGUGCAUGCAAUAAAUUUGCAUCUUAUUUUGGUGAUGGCCACCCUAGCCUAGAGAUGUUGUUCUAAUAAUAUGAUAGGCAAUUAUAAUAAAAUCUGUGUAAUCAA